UAUUUAGGAAACACUUUUAUACUUUAGCAAUGACAAAAAACAGUUUAUGCCACUUUUAAAUAUUUGCUCGUCUGAUCUAGUCUGGGCUGAUCUGAUCUGUUCUGAAGUGAUCUGUCUGAUCUGGUAAUGUAUAGUGUUGGGGAAUAUUAUCCCGACAUGUUAUUGUUCAGAAGCCCAAGGCACCACCCGGUGCAGAGCCUAGUCGGCGAGGCCCAUUUAGGCCUACACGGCCCAUUCUUCGGCCCAACCGGCCUAUAUUAGGCCCAUUUAGGCCCAUAGGUCCAUCUAGGCCCAUUGGCCCAUUUAGGACCCUCCCCUUCUAUAAAUAGGAGAAGGAAAGACCUUCUCCAGGAUCUGAUCUUUUUAGCUCUUGUCUCCCGAGAGCUCUUCUCCCUGCUUCUUCUUCCUCUUUAGAUAGGAUCAAGCUCCAUUGAUGGGAGCUCCAAAACUUGUGCUAUGUAAAUGGUGAGGAGAUGAUUAAUGAGAAAGAACUGGCUUGGACGUUAGCCUAAAAAGUCCCGUGGUUUUCUCCCUGUCCGGGUUUCCACGUAAAAAUCGAUGUUAUACCAAUUUAUAUCUAUAUCUAUAGUUUAUGUUGGACUUAAACUCAAGGCGCGACCUAUGGGAAUCUGUUCAAAAAGAUUAUGUGUUCUUAGAUUCUACAAAUGUUUUGAUACCAAAAGCUACUGAACCGCAGCAAUGUUUCCAGGCUUUGAACCGCAGGAGAGAGCAGGAGGAUACCCACGUGGCCAUGUGGGGGUGGAGCCCGCCCACCUAGCAACUUGGAGGAUAAUCUCUAUUCAGGCACCACGAGAGAAGGCAAGUGGCAUAAAGGAGAUGUGACCGGAGGGCUCCACACCUUAUCAUCCGGAGACUGAGACCGAACGGGAUUCUCUCGGCCGUUCCCAACCCGCCAGAGGAUCUCCAGACCCAAUCCAAGGACUCCAACAGUUUGGCCUUAGUUCAAAUCCCUACCUCAUAUCCUAAAGUGAUUGCUAAUGCCGAAGCGGGAGGCUAAAUCACUGAUGUUUGAAGCUAAUGCUGUUUGAAGAAAAUGAUGAAGCAGGAGCCCACCGCUCCAUUUGUCGCCAUCUCUCACAUGUGGAUAGAGUUGAGUGCCGGAGCCUGACAACUCAAGUGGGUGAUUUGACAGGUUCAUGGUUAUCCAGAAAGUAAACUCUUGCUUCCCGAGCGAGGAUUCCUUGAACAACACCCGGAGGGACCCCAAGAUGCUGCUGGUUACUGUCUCCGGCAGGACCCCGAGCCUAGAAUGGGAAUCCCCAAAGUGCUUGACCGGGCUGUGACGGACCACAACAGGAAAUAACCUUCCCAACAUAGCAGGGCCCGAACGGGGGUCUUCGUCCGAACCUCUGCAUCCAAGUGCGGCUCGGACCAAGAAGGACAUGGCCCAAACAUGGGUCUUCGGCCGAGCGUCAGCAUCUUGACGCAAUUGAUCUCAUUAUUUGCAUCAACGCAUCAACACAAUUAAUAUUAUAGUCUUUUGCGUCGAUAUGUAGCUGAUUAUACCCGUAAUGUCUUUUUCCGUUCACAUGUCGACGCAAAUAAGUUUUUGUCAUUAGCGUCGCACGCGAUCGACACAAAAGAACUAUUUGCGUCCGAAUAUUUGUGUCGACAAGUGGACGCGAAUAAGUUAUUUGCGUCGAUUUGCUACGUUUUGCGUCGACAAAAUGUCGACACAAAAGACCUAUUUUGUUGUAGUGAUGAUCACACCGUUGCAUCAUCACUAUCAUAACACGACUACACAAUUACUAGUAACUUACAUCAUCAUGACCACACCAAAUCCAGAUCAAGAAAAAUAGGUUUCGAUGAUGAAAUGUUUUGUGGCGCAAAAUACCUAUUUUAUCACUCAUUCAUUUGUGUAACAAAAUAAUUCUUUUCAUCCAAGGCCCAUACAUCUUGGCCCACAAUACUGUUUGACGAGAUCGAUCAAUCUUCUUAUAUACAAAACGAAGUGGAUUUGCUGCCACUUUUCCCGUCUAAACUACCGGGUCGGAUCCGGGUCAAAUGUGGGCAAUUUGUUGGUGUGGGCUUAGGAAUGACGCAUGUACUUUUUGCUUUAUAUUUCGACGUGACAACCGUGGUCAAUUCCAUUGCAGGAGCAUUUAUUGAGUUCGGUGGCAUUUAAUGCGGUUGUUGGGAGGGCUGAGGCUUAUUACACAGUGUUCACACUUACAAACCCCACCAUGGCAACAACCAAAGAAAUCCCUGACUCAAACAACAGUAAUUUGUAUUCUAUGAUUAAGGAAGUUAACCACGCAAGGUGCACAUGGGCUCUCAGAGUAAGAGUGGUUAGAGCUUAUGAAGUUUCCCCUCAAUCCAAAGGAGUAGCACGAAUGGAAGUGGUUUUCCACGAUGAGGAUGGUGACCGUAUUCAUGCUGUAGUAAAACGGCCGUUCAUGCAUCUGUAUCGAAAGAAACUGCUGGAAAACAAGUGUUUUAGAAUCAAGAACUUUUUAGUUCUUGAUAACUAUUACAACUACAAAACAACAAAACACCCUCAUGUUCUGGAGUUUUUCAAGAAAACAACGAUGUAUGACCUGCAUGAAGAAACUUUCCCUGAUUUCGUGUUCAAUUUUCACCAAUUUGAUGCACUCCAGAGUCUAGGGGUGGAAAACGACAAAUUUCUUAUCGGUAAAUUUAAAUACAAAUUAUUAAGAAUGCUUUUUCCUACAACUGCGUCAAUAAUUCAAAGUUUUUCAGAUGUGAUUGGAAAAUAUGUGGGGAAGACUCCAGUUCAAACGCCUACUGUUAACGGGAAACCUGAGAGGCUGAUUGAACUAACUUUGGAAGAUCGAGAAUACUGUCCUAAUCUUCAGAAUUAGCUAUGAAUGUCGAAUAAAACGGUUCUUUUCUUAUUCACUAAUAACGAAACCUUUUUUAAAUUGAAGUGGAAAUCAUAUUGGAUGCACAUUGUGGAACAAUUACUCCAAGCAGUUUACUUAUUUUUAUGAGGAUCACAAGGAUGAACCAAUCUAUAUCAUCCUCCAAAUGUGAAGACCUAGACAUGUGUAAGAACACAUCGAUCAUCGGAUGUAACGAACAAGGCUAAAAGCAGGGCUCAAAUCCUUCAGUUCGUUCAUAUGUUAACGAGCAGAGUUUAGAAGAGAGCUACAAGUCAGUGAACACCAGUAAAAGAUACAUGCUCGUUCACAUGUUAAAGAAACAUAGAGAAAGAUCGAUAGCAGAAGAGAGACGAACAGAGAAGAAGAGAGAUGAAGAGACGGUCGUUGAACCGAAGGAUAAUAGAAGUGUUUGGGCGGAUUUAGAGGCUUAUAUACAUGUAGGGUUUGAGCUGGGGAAUAUUGGGUUUAUUACAUAUGGGCUGGGCGGAUUAUGGUGAAUUACAUAUGGACUGGGCGAAUUAGUUGGGCUGGGGGAAUAUUGGGUUUGUUACAUAUGGGUUGGGCGAAUUAGUUGGCCUGGGGCAAAUUUAUGGUAGAUUAUUUUCUAAGUUUGGCUCAAAUGGACCAAAAUUAUGGUAGAUUGCUUUCUAAGCUAAGUAAUGUCUCAUCUAUCUUAUUAAAUUUCAUACAUAGGUUCAAAUAGGUUGGAAAUAAGUAUUUAGAAGGGUUAACUAUUUAUAAUGAUUAAACAAAAUAAUUUGUAUUAUGUAUCAUGGUAAUGAUAAUAAUAAAAUUAUAAAAUUCAUAUGAUAAUCACCCUCAUAAGAGUAAGAUUUGUGAAUAAAAGGAUAAGUUAUAUUUUUAAAUAAGAUUCAAAAUUAUUACUCCUAAUAGAAAACGAGUUGCUAAAGUUGGUAAUACUGAUAAAAGCAAGUGAGUCACGUUUCCGAAAAUAGUGUAUUGUAUUGGAAUAAGGUAAUAGAAAUAGUUUAUUG